AUGGUACAACAAUCUAAAUAUGGAAGUAAUGCUACCAAAGAUCCAAAUUUUCAUUUGUCAAUAUUUCUUGAAAUCUGUGAUAUAUUUAAAUUUAAUGGUGUUAGUGAUGAUGCAAUUAAACUUCGAUUGUUUCCAUUUUCGCUAAGGGACAAGGCCAAGGUUUGGUUACAAUCUCAUCCUCCAAAUACUUUUACUACUUGGGUUGAAUUAGCUAAGGCUUUUCUUAAUAAAUUCUUUCCACCUGGAAAAACUGCUAAAUUUAGAAUGGAUAUAACUAGUUUCUCUCAACAGGAAGGAGAGACAUUGUACGAAGCUUGGGAGCGCUAUCGGGAGUUACAACGAAGAUGUCCUCAUCAUGGUUUACCAGAUUGGCUAAUAGUCCAAACAUUUUACAAUGGUCUCACCUAUCCGACAAAGACGCAUGUAGAUGCGGCAGCGGGAGGAGCGUUGAUGGGAAAGUCAGCCGAGGAACCUCAACAAUUGAUUGAAAAAAUGGCAGCUAAUAAUUAUCAAUGGGCUAACGAACGAGGUAAUAUAAGGAGAACCGCAUGUAUGCUUGAAGUAGAUACCUUGAAUAUGUUAACUGCAAAGAUGGAUAAUGUGGUUAAGAUACUUAACAGGCAAGUUGGUUCUAGUUCUAACCAAGGAGUAGUUGUUGCGUGUUGUAAUAACUAUGGAGGAAACCAUGAUGAUUCUAUGUAUUCUAGCAGUGAACAGGUUCAAUAUCUCAAUAAUUACAACCGUCCACCCCAAAAUAACCGAUACUCCAAUACCUAUAAUCCAGGGUGGCGUAAUCAUCCAAACUUUGAAUGGAAAGAUCAAGGCAAUCAACCAAGGCUAGCAAAUUCGUCGGGAUUUCAACCGAGACAACCACAAAUGAAAACUAAACCAAGUUGGGAGAUCGCAGUUGAAAAGCUUGCUAAGGUGACUUCGGAUAGAUUCGAGCGAGUUGAGGGACAGUUGGACCAAUUGGCCGGGAUGUACAGAAACUUGGAGGUUCAAAUUGGUCAAAUUGCCAAUGUGAUCAACAACAGAAACCCUGGUGAAUUGCCAAGUAAAAUCGAAGUGAAUCCGAGAGAGCAUGUCAAUGCUAUCACUCUUAGAAGUGGUAAAAUGGUUGAAGGACCUGACUCUAGUGAUUCAAGUGGUGAAAAAGAUAAGGAGCAAGCAUAUGAAGGAGUAAAACCAAGCCAAAAUGAUAAUGUAGUCAUUAAUAUUGAUGAACCUCCUCCUCAAUUAAAUUCUAAUGUGAUUCCUUUUUCUCACAGGUUGAAGAAAGAUGGACAGGAUCGGGAGUUUGAAAAGUUCUUCAAAAUGUUUAAACCAUUGCGUAUUAACAUUCCUUUCAUUGAUGCUAUAACACAGAUUCCCUCUUAUGCGCUUUUCUUGAAAGAUAUCAUGUCAAUGAAGAGGAAAAUUGUAGAUAAUGAGAUGAUAGCAUUAACGGAAGAGUGUGCAAGUGUAUCACUUAUGCCAUUAUUGGUUGCCUGGAGGUUGGGACUUCAAGAGUUGAAAGCUACCAAUAUCACAUUGCAAUUGGCGGAUCGGUCAAUCACACAUCCAAUCGGUAUUUUGGAAAAUGUGCUCAUAAGGGUAAGACAAUCUAUAAUACUUGUGGAUUUUGCUGUCUUAGAUAUUGAGGAAGAUGUGAGAAUGUCAAUUAUUCUAGGACGACCGUUUUUAGCCACCACACGAACUAUAAUUGAUGUUGAAAAAGGUACUAUGCCAAGGGGAAGAAGAGUGAUACCUUCAUCCUCCAGCAGUGAGGAGAGGGAGGCUAAUGAAGAAAUGAAAGUGUCUGAGGAGGAGAGUUCACCUUCUCCGCCACCAGUUUCUCGACAGUCAGGAGAGGGCACCUCCCAUGGAGCGGCAACCACUGUGUUCGACAGUGCGAGAUUCAACAAUCGUAGGAAUAAAAAAUGGCAUGAGGAGCAUGCUAAUUUGGAGUUCUUGUUUGAGAUGCACGUGAGUCCACUAGUUGAGAUGAUGUACAACAUCUCGGAGACUUUUGCUCAACUUGGAUGGGCUCCGAUUCUCACCCUACCAGACCAUUACUACCCCGAUUUGGUGCGAGAAUUUUACGCCAAUAUUGGGAGUAAGGCGCAUCAUAGUAGAGAAAUGGUUGAGUCCUGA